UGAAUGUGGACAGGAACAACUCGGCAGCAGUGUCUGCCUGGAGCCUUCACAAGGGGAGGGGGGACACUGUGUCUGCCCCUCAAGUGGCGUGAUUACAUUGAGCUCUAGUUGCUACUUUUGGGAUGUUUUGACUGAACAUUAAUGUUGAACAAUGCAUGUCUGAUGCUUGGAGGCUAAUGCGGUGGCAGGAAGCACCUUCGGAUUCGAGGUCAACUUGAACAUUUCCGUUAACGGUACCCGACCUGUCUGAAUCAGCAGAAGAUUCUGCUAUUGCUAAUACGCGACAGUCAAACAUGGGGAACCAGCUAGCUGCUAGCUGCAAUAACACCCUGGCACCGAAACCCCGUCACUAAACAAGGCUCUACUUAAGGCUCCACUCUGGAAGUGCCAUGUAUUCAGGCCAGAGAUGAGAAUGAAGCCCAGUCGCAACUUCCUCCUGGGCUUGUGCUCCAUGCUGGCCUUGGGUUUCCUCUACUACUCUUCAGGGAGGAUCAGUUUACGCGGAUGGAGCAACAUAUCAUUGUACGACAGCCAAGGCUUCCUUGUGAAGCUGGAUAGAAGUCUGCCUUUGGAGCUGUUGUACAAAUACGGCAAUCUCAGCGAAGGAGCCUGUAAGCCGGGUUAUGCAGCUGCCAAGAUGUCUGCCAUUUAUCCAAAGUUUGCCAAACUGGAGCCCAUGUUCCUUGAUCCGAAUUACAAGCGGUACGCCAAAAUUGUUGAUUAUUCGCCUCCGUUUGGUGUGAAGUCUCAAGAGAAGAUCAUAGAUAUUCUUCUAUCAGCUACUAAGAACUACGGCCUCGGGGAAGAACUUGACAGUAUGAGCUGUAAGACGUGCAUCAUCAUAGGGAACGGAGGAAUCCUCGCCAACAAGUCUCUGGGACCGAGAAUCGAUGAGAUCGAUGUUGUGGUCAGGUUGAACGAGGCCCCAGUGAAAGGUUUUGAGAAAGACGUCGGCUCCAAGACCACCAUGAGGAUCACCUACCCAGAGGGGGCCAUCCAGAAGACGGAACGCUACGAGUCACAGUCCCUGUUUGUCCUGUCCGCCUUCAAAGCUCUCGACCUCAGGUGGCUUCGAUACAUGGUCUUCAACCAGAGGCUGCGCAGCACUGAUGGGUUCUGGAAGUCGGUGGCCAAGCAUGUUCCAAGGGAGCCAAGCGACAUGCGCAUCCUAAACCCCUACUUCAUCCAGGAGGCCUCUUUCAAGCUCAUUGGCCUUCCUCACAACAAUGGACAGAUGGGCAAAGGGAAUAUCCCAACCCUGGGGGCAGUUGCCAUAACGAUGGCUCUUCAUACCUGCGAUGAAGUAGCUGUGGCUGGAUUUGGCUACAACAUGAGCACCCCCCAUGCUCCUCUCCACUACUAUGAGAAGAUCAGGAUGUCAGCCAUUAAAGAGUCCUGGACUCACAACAUAUCUAAAGAGAAAGAGUUCCUGAUGAAGCUGGUGAAGGCUGGAGUUAUCCAGGACUGGACCAACGGGGUCUGUGGUGCAGGGUGCUGAUGGUCUACAAUCAGCUUGAAGGCUCUUGAAUGCAGCAUUGUGCUCACUUCCAGCUGUUCCAGCACCUGAGGAGGGAAACUAAAGGUUGUGUAAUCCCAGCCAUCGGAGCUGUGACACAUGUUGGUCAGUGUUCACACUGUGAUCAAUGAGGCCUGUUGACGAGGAAACACUGCCAUAGCGUGGCACAUUAUCAUAUUGGAAGUAAAUGGCCUAUGCAUUAUAUUGCAGUAUGUAGCUCGUCCUAACCGCAGCCGCAGGUGUGUUUUUUUUUUCUUUCCGUGUGUGUGCGUGACGUCAGCGUCGGGGAUCGAACCCAGCACCUAAAGCAGGCUGGCCUACAUCUGGACAUGCUGUAGACUGGAGAGAGAAGGUGCAGACAAAGAUGUUUGACUGAGCCUGUGCCAAGAAUACCUCUACAAGUGUCCUUCUGCUUAUAUGUUUGAAUGUAAUCUGCAUCAUACUUAAAAGUUAUAAAUAUU